AUGGAGGUAGGAACAGACGCCGAGCACAAUGAGAAGGUGCAAACUAUUUUGCGGGACAUGGGCGAUAGUCCGCAUAUUCUCUACCACACAAAAGAGCCCCUACGUCUUCAUCGCCACGGCAAACUGAAGAAGGUGUUUCUCGUCGCAACACCCUAUCAUGUGUACCUAAUCAAGGCAAAGGGAAUCUCGUUUUACGCGAGGUGGCAGAAUAGGCUGCUGACAGUCAGCUCUACUCAAAAUACCAUUUGCAUUGGGGCGGCUGGGUUGUCGCAGGUGCAGCAGCUGCAGAACUCGGGCCAAGGUGUGCCCGCCGCAGUAGACGAGGAGGACCCGGAGUUCGCGACGGCAAAAAUUGAGUGUGCCUCCGUGCUGGAGGCGACGGAUACGGAGCGGUGGCUACAAAAGCUUGCUGCGGGCGCACGACUGCGCGCGGAGCAGUUGGAAAACGACGAAAGUCAUCCCGCACCGAAUGCGCCGCAGGAAGCGAAGGAAGCGGAGGAUGAGUGGAGUGGUGCUGACAGUGAAGUUAGCGAGGAUGACGCUGGCCCCAUGUGGGGGCAACAGCAAGUCCUUCUGCAGCGGCCACGGGAAGGUGAGUCAAACAGCCUGUUUCAGAAAGCCCCAUCAAGGUACCUUGCUGUGGCAUCUUUGGUGGAUGGGGAGUUUACGGAUUACACCGCACUAAAGAAUGCAUAUCUUCGCAACGAGGAGGACAUUCUGCAGGAGGAUCUCGCAGCCUUUGUAAAGGAAAAUGAGGGACAGGUGGAGAAGCUCUGCGAGAGUCAUUAUCCAGCCUUCCUCCAUGCGGCACGGCAGUGCUUUUCCAUUUCGGAGCAGGACGCCGAGCUGGUGGGCCAGGAGCUAAGUGGUGCCACCACACUUACCCGUUCCUCCGUGUUGGAGAUGAAGCGGUCGGCGGCCGACCUCAACUUGUCACGCUGUGUCAAGCAAAACUUGGCGCAGGUUGGGUCCAUACUGCGCAGCACGCUGGAGUUGGCGGAGAUUCUGGAGACGGUGGAAACACGGGUGCAGAAACAGCAGUUGCUGGGGGCCGUGGUGGCCUUGAAGCAGCUUAUGCGGGUAGCUGCCCCGUUCGCCGAAUACGCGCUCGGCGAGUAUGUGAUUCAUCACCGGGUGCCACAGCUAUCGCAGGACAUCUUUACAGCUGCCGUGCAUGACUUCAAUGCAUGGCUGAAGCUGUUGCGAGACUCCUCAUUGCCUAUUGGCGCUGCCGCUCUAAAGUGGGAGGGGGCUGUGCAAACUGGCUCAGUAGAGAAGAAGUUGCGAGUUUCGGACGACGGCGAAUGGUGGGUAGAAAUGAGUUACGUAAGAGCCUGCAUUAGGCGCGCCCCCUUCACAGAGUCGUCUAGUAUCUCAAAUAUUUUGUAUGGAGCCUCAAUACAAGAGGUGUUUGAGGAGCUUCGCCAUGGGAUGUACUACCGCAAUUAUUACGCCGAAAGUCGUACGCAGCAGGCGAAGCUGGACCUUUAUGAGCUGUCCAUGUUUUCCGAGGCGCUCAGUGGGGAGCUUCUCGUGGCGGAAUUAGAAAAGUACUGCGCGACGGCAUUGGGUUUUGUGCUCAUCGAGGAUAUUGUGCACAACAUCACUGAGCCGCAUGUACAGUCAACGACAGAAAUCAUCUGCAUGUGGGAAAAGCUGUCGCAGGCCAUGGCGGAUCGAGCAAGACACGUCUCCACGCUACUUGUUAGCGACCCCAACUACACGGCGCGGAUGAUGGAUGUCUUUCGGCUCCUGCGCAGCUCUCUCGGUAUUGUGGUGGACUGUGUCAAGAGUGUGCGGCUGAGUCCUCUCAUACUGUCGCUCGUUGUGGAGUCCAUGAGUGACAGCAUUAUCAGCUCGUGGUUGCAGGAAGCCUGCGUGGAGGCAACUCAGGGCGUCCUCACCGACACGCUUUCGCCGUUGACGGCUACGACUCCCGACGAGUAUCACGCGUAUGUGACACGGUUUUACUUAGAUCGUUGUAAGUCCAUUGAGCUUCCGCUGCCGCCCUCACCUGACUUUACUGCAGGAGUUGUGACGCUGCCCUACGCCCUCAUGGUUCCUGUGAUUGGUGAGGUGGCGUUAAGGUUUCUCUCACAGUGCCACUCCAUCCUGGUGGUGGACGAGGGCGCGGUGGUGCGGCAGUCCGAGCUCAACAAUGUGGAUGAGAUGCUUCUCAAGUACCUCUCUGUGCUGUUUAGAACCGUGGCAGAACUGCUGCAGGGACACUUGGCCACCGUCGCCGAGCGGGCCGUGAUGCAGCUCGCGGUGUACGUGACUUCGUGCGCAACGAUGAGCGUGAUUGUCUCCUGCGUGGAGCAGCAGUUUGUACUUGCGUGGCACGUCGCUUAUGACGAGGGCAAACGGGAGACACUCGGCGCGCCACGGCUGCUAGCCAAUUCGGCAACGCUUUUUGCAAAGGCUGUGCAGAAGGGCAUUGAACGACUCCUCAGCGCGUUCACCGCAGAGACAGAAGACCGGCUGCGGCCCGUGGCGAACCUGGACUACUGGAAGAGACUUGUAGAGGUUCGGUGUGCCGCGGCGUCGACAACGGCGUCGGCAACGGCGACAAGGGCGAGCGGCAAGGACGACGCUGAGAAGGGCCUCCCGGAGGCGAUGGAGUACGUUAUUGCCAUGAUCCCGAAGCUAACGGCGGUUCUGCAGGUGUCGGUGGUGCGCAGUGUGUUGGGUACCGUCGUCGCCCACGCCGCCAUCACGACACAGGCGAAUCUGGGGGCCGCAAUUCGUGGCGGCUGCCGUGACGGCGCCGCCAGCGAUUUCGCCGCUCUGCGUGACUGCGUGCGUGAAUUUGAGCUACUCUGCGCAAUACAAAUUCCUCUCUGGCAGAAGCGCAUUGACACCGCCAUUAGCGGCAUUUCCGCGGCGCAGCGGUUUCCGUUGCAGCCGAAGCAGAUUGCCGACGAGCUUUUGUUGUGGAUCGAGCGCAAGGAGGCCGCCGCGGCGGCGGAGCAGGCGAACACCAAUCAAGUCCUCGCAGGCAUCGAGGAGGCCGGCAAGUUGGUGGCGAAGGGAGUGGGGAAGGGAAUUUACGCCGUUGGCCAAACCGUGAAGGGUGGCGCAAGCGCCAUUACAGGAGCUGCGAGCGCCCUUGCAGGUAAACGUGAGACGUAG